AUGGAAAACAUCCCUCCCUCGCAGGCGCAAGCCGGCGACUCUACCAAGCCUGCCCCCGACAAUUCUUUCAGAUUCACGCCUAUCAAAGCCCUAGGCGCCCUGCCGCGUCUGUGGGAUCGAAAACCCUCAACUCCUAUUCGUGCGGGCGACAAGACUCGCAAGUUGUGGAAGCGCAUUCGCUUCCCUUUUAGCAACAUGAACGCGACAGAAAGCCGAGGCACAUCUAUCGGUGCCUCGAACAACUCGGAUUAUCAGCGCGGCGUUAAGCGCCAGUGUGUGGAUCCUACCCAGUCGGCGGACCUCGAAACUGACGCUGAACAACGUGGGCGGUCUUUCCUGGAGACCAAGUGGGAAAUGGAGGCAUCACGCAAGCGACGCAAAUUACCGGAAUUCAAUUUCAACAUUCACGACGAGACCUCCCAGGGCGUUUUCAAUUUCGCCGCUCAGGCCGAAGCUGCCAAUAACGCCCACCAAGAUGCAGCUAUCAACGCCUCACCGCAGCCACUCGGUCUGUUUUCGGUCAAGACGCCCGUUUACAAUGAUGCCAUGGACAUGGGCCUCGAUGGUGCAGCGUCACCCAAGCCUGCAGAUCUACAGUCUGGACCGGUCCAGGAGGCAGGUGCAGUGAUCGACAAUGCAGCACCCGCUGAGGCCGUCGAAAACCUGACGCAAGAGCAGGAAGUCAAAUUGGUGCGAUCGGCAUUGCGCAGCUCUUUGGACGGGGAGGAUGCAGAGCUGUUGAAUGACUUCUUAUCGAGGGCCAAGGCGAAGCGUGCAGCCAAGGCGGCGCAGACCGACUCUGAGGUGACUGAGCAGUCUUCCAGCCCGGAGGAGCCUGAGAUCGAAUGCUCAACCCCACGAUCGCGUCGGGCGUUGGAGGAGCUGACUACGAAUUCUCCUUCCCCUAUCAAGUUGCAGAUCUCGCCUAGUAAAUUCGACAUUGCCCGUGCCGAAGCCCAGAAUGAGGUUAUCAAGGACCUCCAGGAAGAGACUGCACCUGCAAGUCCUACCUGUCGUCGCAGUACUCGCGCCAAGGCCCCGUCCACAAAUGCCCCUGCUCUGCGCAACACUAUCGCGCUCCGCCGUGCUAAAGGAACGGAGUUCAUUUUCCUGCAGCGCACCGAGGCCCAGGAGGUGGCUUUGGCCACGAAGCGAAACACGCGACUCAACAAGGGCAAAUCUGUAUUCCCUAAUGUCGCUCUUGAGAUUCUGGCUCAGCGGUCAGAGGAGCCUGAAACCAAUGACAAGCAGGCGCGCUCAGACCGCAAGGGCCCUAGCAGCCGAUCUACCAAGCGGAAGCAGGUUUCAUGGAACGAGGAGCGCAUGGCCGAGUAUGAAGAAUACAAGGACUUCACAGAUGAUCAAGAGGAGGGUGAGAGAUGCACCAGUGACGUCGGCGCUACGCCUCGCCGAUCUGGCAGCAAACGUUCGGAAAAAAAAGUAGCAGCCAGUGACCGCAGCAGCCGUAGCCAAACACAGGCAGACCGGGGUGUGGACGGUGGGCCAGAAAGCGCCCCGACCGCCCCUACUGCACCCGCUACUGCACCCGCUACUGCAACCCCGCGCUCGCGCCGGGUGAGGCGUUUGGGCGAUUCGGGGGCUAUGGGCUCCGGUACUCCAGUGAAGACUGGUGGUCGCACAAGCAAGCCUCCCGCAGCCUCGGCGCCGGUGGCUGCGGGCCCCUCCACACCAACCAAGGGUCGCCGCAAGCUGACGCCCAAGUCUCCUAGCAUGUCCACGUCCAUGCUCCCUGCUACAGCCCAAAGUGGUAUCCCCACUCGGAGCAACAAGGAGAAGAGUAUGCUCCAGGCCAGCGCAGGGUGCACACCCACAGCUCGACGGGUCCGAUCAAGAUCUUAA